GUGCAUCAAGGAAAAUGGCGGAAGGGCUAGGUGCUUAUUAGUUCGGCAUUAUUUGAGUACUCCAGGUUUGGGGCGUAAAUUUCUUGCUAAAUUUUAAUUAUAAUAUUAUUUGUUAUCUAAUUCAUCAUAAUAAUUAGUGUUUUAUUCGGUAGAGUAUCGUUUACUAGCUUUGAAGUGGAUCUGUUGCGAUCCUGUCUUCUCUUGCCGGUCAUACUUUUCGGGUGGAGAUGUAUUUAAUAUAUUGGAUAUAAAACUCCAUCGUUUAUAGUUAAUCUUUACUCAUGAGAUUACUAGUAUGAUGGCGUUCAGGUAUCUUCAUCUCAAUUUUUGAAAAAGACCAAUGAAUAGGUAUUGAUAAAGUGUGACUGUUACAAAGACUAUAAACAUGGGUAUCCAGGACUUGCAAACGUUUCUUGAAAGUGGUGCGAUACCAGAAUCUUGUGUUGGUGUGGACCUUGUUAGGAUUGCCAAAACAGUUUCUCAGCGUCUCGUUAAACAAGCUCAGAAAAAAGGAGGUAGCCCUUUAACAAAAUUUAGCCUUGUUGUGGAUGGAGAGUGCUGCUUGGACAGACUAUAUGGAGGAUACUUUUCAGAUUGGGCAUGUGGUGGACAGUGGAAUCGUAUGGUUAGUUUCCUUGCUCAGUUUGUUAGCAGUCUCCAAAAGGCAAAUAUUGAUUUAGUAGUGUUCUUCAAUGGGUGUACAGAGCCUCAGCGAAUGGCCGAAUGGAUCGUUUCUCAGCAAAGGACACGUCAAAGAGUGAACCAGGUACUGAAACACGUGUCUACCAAAGGAACACCUCCUCCUAAAGUAUGGUGGACUUCUCCAGUAUGUUUGAGGACAGCAAUCCGUAUGGUUCUCAGACACCUGAACGUUGCUGUUGUAUGUACAAUGGAUGACCACAAACAAGAAGUUAUUGCCUAUUGUAGAGAGAACAACUUCCAUGGGUUAAUAGCUGAUGAUGCCGAGUAUGUUGCGUUCGACCCUCCUCGUUACUUCUCAGCCCGUCAGCUCAAAUUGACCUACAAGGGAUCUCUGGAGUCCAAGGAAUACAUUCUUCCCGAACUGGUGAAAGGUCUGGGACUUUCGUCAGAUAAAGUCUGUGUCCUUGCAGCACUUCUAGGCAACUACAUUCUGCCAGAACACGAGUUGGCCGACGUCUACAAGAAGGCUGGCAUUUCACAAAUGCCUGGAAAAAUCCCAGGAGAUGUAUUAAUCAAGCAGCUAGCAGAAAAAAUCAAAGAUUUACAAAAUGUGGACAAUAUCGAAGACACUGCCACAGCUAUUCUAGGGUCGCCUACCGAUUUGAGGCUAUCCAAGUUGAAACAAAGUAUUCAGUAUUACUUAGAUGGAACAAAGGAUGGAUUCCUAAGAUACAGGCCAUCUACAACAGUUAAAAAAGGACGAGGAAACAAGUCGAAAAAUGACAUCAUGGAGAAGGCCGGAGCCAUAGAGGAGUCUCUACAGGAACCAGACUUGGAUACUUCGAAAUUGGCAUCAGAAACAGCUGAAAGCGAACUCGACAGUCUAACAAAGUACAAGGAGGCUACGGCAUGCCUGACCGCAGGACCAGAAAUUAUUAUCGAUGAACCGGCUUUGAAAGAAACUCAAGAAUUAGAUUCAGGCGAAACUGACAUCCCACCUUUGAAUUCCAUGAACGGCAGCAGUGCAAAUGGACGACAAAACUUGCUCCUCAGUUCAAGUAGCUCGAGUAGUUCCUCUAGUGCCACUUCACCAGCCAGACUCACUCCAGAAGUGAAGAAGGUUAAACAGAAGUCGAGCAAGUCAGACAGUGAAGGAAAGAAAGAUAAGGUAUCGAUUACCUUGCCUACUGUCCCUCCAGAGGUGAUGAGGACUGUGAGCGAACGUCACAACAAGGGCCUCAUGUCACCCUGCAUCUACCAAAUUCUUACACAGGGAGAAAUCAAACUGCCAGUCGUAAUGGAGGACGAAAGCCACAAGGAAAUUCCCAGUAUUCAUCACUUCUACAGACCAGUCCGACAAAUGGUCUAUGCUAUUCUAUUCAAUCUUCAUCAUCAUAAUUAUAUGGCAACAAGAAGUAAAGACAGUAAAGCCGACGCGAAGCCCCCAGACGUGAGGAUACGUGAGUGGAUCUGGACAAAGAGUAACCAGUAUCAACGGGCUGACAUUGUUCCUGCUGAACAGAUUGGAUGGGGAGUGCCUACGAUUCAGCGACUGUGGUUUGGGACCACAAUCGAUGACAAACGUAGGAGAUUGAGGGCUUUUCUGACAUGCAUGCGCUCAGACACUGCAUUGAUGUUGAACCCUGACUACGUACCUCAACAUCUCUUGAUCAUGGCAACAGUACUGAGGUACAUGAUGUCUUUCCCAGAGAAGAAAGUCUUACGUAAGCCAGAACUAGAUGCCUUUAUCACCACUGCCAUCAUGCCUGAACUGAUGAAUGCUGAAUUAAAUCAAGAUCUGCAGUUACAAGUGGUGAGCAGCCGAGGAGUCCAGCUGGCCACUAUGUUCAUGCAAGGGGUGGAGACAGCACUGCUGGUGAAUGACGCUUGUGGUGCGCCUGUCCCGUGGCUCAUGUGCUGUCCGUGGUUGUUCUUCGACGGUAAACUGUUCCACCAUCAGCUGUCCAGGGCAGCAGUUGUCAAGAACAUCAUGGAGCUGUGCAACCACCGCAUACGGAUGGUCAUGAAAGUGGAGAGGAUGCGUCAGGCUGUGCUCGAAGGCCUCAAUGUACAGUUCGCUAGGCCACCUAUUCCGGGUAUUGUCCAAGGAGCGGGACCAAGGGUACACCCCAAUAUGGGGCCACCAAAUAUGAUGCCACCAGGACUCAUAAGCAAUGCACACCCUGGAGCCGGCCGUGGUCUUGCCUUAAGGGGGGGGCUCUCUCAGAGAGGCCUACCUCGCAGACCGCUCUCCACCAACCAGGGCGGCAGGCUGGAAAUCGCAGGUGUUGUUGUCGGUUCCUGGGGCCCUAACUAUGGACUGGCACCCAUCGGAGUAGGCAGAUCAGUUAUGGUUCAACCACAGGUAACAUCCGUGGGUGGCUUGGGUGGGUAUGGAGACCCUAUGUAUCGUGGCAGCAACAGGCCAACAUUCAAUCCCCGCAAUCCAAUCAAAGGAAAGGGACGAGGGUUCCGCCCUUUGACCAAGAAGCGUAUGAUGCCACCUACUGGAGGCAAGAGAGAACCCACCAAAAAGACAACUAAAGGAAGGGGCAUGUCAGUCGUACUUCCUGCAACAGGGGAGACUGUUUUUGCAACCGAUGUAAUCGAUGACAAGCAGAAGAAGAUAUUGAUGAACAAAGAUGUGUCUGAGAAGAAGAUGGGUUUACUUUCAGGCACUGAACAGUUGAUGAAUGGCGGUGCUGGAGAUGCCUCCUCUGUCCAGUUCGAGGACGCUACAGACCAUGUUGACAUCCCUGGGAUGAAUGGAGAAGGUGAUGGACCAAUGGGAGUGAAGCAAAUUUUGGCUGCAGCCAAAGUUGAUAAUUAGACAUUAAAUGGAAAAGCUGCUAGUAGUUUCACACAGACUCUUCUUAUGUUUUGUGCGCAAUUUUGUAUUUUUUACCAUUUAGUUUUGUGUAAUUUUUUACGAAAAUUUUUACGAAAUGUUGAGACUUUACAACAUACUGCCACUAAGUGUGAAAGUGAAAACAAGAAACAUUAUCGUGAUGAUCUUGUGACAUCCACUAAGACUACCCUCAAGAAGACUGAUCAGCAGACAAGAAGGAACCUACAGAUUAUGACUGAAAAUCUGCAAGUGAUAUUUUUUUAUUUGUUAGCGUCGGUUUGUAUUCAGAGCGGCACUUUUUGUUAAUUGUUUUCUAAGCUGCUCAUAAACUGUUCGAUUCGACGAUCUUCAUUUACAUAUUAAGUGACGAAAAGUGUUGAUUGUGAUAUCAACAUAAGAUCUAUUUUUCUAAUAGUUUGUUAUUAUCACGAUGUUGUUGAAAGAGAAAGCAGACACAAUGCAAAGUGUUUCUUUAAGUUAGUCGAAAUGUGAUAAUGCCAAGGUGCAUGUUAGCUUGAAGAUUAUAUAUAUCAUUUUUGUUGAUGUUAUUUUUUAUUUAUUGAUAGAUAAUAUUGAAAUUUUGGUACUCUUAGCUGAUUAUUCGAGAUACAGUUUUUACAGUAAAACAAGAUUAAUGCGAUGUGUUAUAUAUUUAUUUAUAAAUAUUACAUAUAUUUCUAGUUGGACAUUGAUUUGUUAAUCUGAUGUCUAGCUAUAAACAAUAUUAAAUAACAAAUUCCCGGUAAUCUGCAAACUAAGACAUUGUUUCUAUUUAUCUUAUAAUCUUCAUGUUAAUUGAGAGGUAACGGAUAGGAGGUAAGGUUACUAUGAUUGUUGGAACAAAUGAACUAAUCACUGGCAUAAUGCCAUUUCUAUAUAGAAAUAUUCUUCAUUAUAGAAUCAUAGAUGUAACUAUCCCAAAAUAAACUUACAUUAUUUUGGAAGAAAUACAAUGACUUGGGCAUUAAAAAUAUCCUCACGGGGAACUAGAUAUCCUGACAGAUGCUUGUUCAUCUAUUGUGACUUAUUUGUUUCAUAUAACUGUGAAAUAUCGGAGAGCGUUCUUUGUCAUAUGAAUAACAUUAAUUGAAUGUAAAACCCAAGAUUUCAAGUAGAACUAUGACAAUUCAAAAUGAGCAAAUCUAAUCGUCUGAACUUAGUCAGAAUGCACAUAAUAUAAUGCGUAAAAUUUAAGGGGCAAAACUUAAUACAUGGAUGCAUCUAAGUGCCUGAGAGCUGUUAUUUUGUUUUUCUACUUAAAGUUGAAAUGAAAGAAUUGUUGAUUAGCGAGGGACCCACUGAUGUAUAUAAAUUAUGACAAUGGUUAAUUUAAAGAGUAUCGUACUCUUGUAGGGGUGCUUGAUUUACUCCUGUCUCGAUUUGACUUUGGAAAUUUAAAGUGGAUGCAAAUAAUAUGCAAUGUUUAGUUUUUAAGAUACCCAAUGGAAUCAGUUAAAUGUUUUCAACCUAGAAAGUGGUAUGAUUUCAAUGUCAUGAAAUAUAAUGUAAGUUAGCAUUUUUAAUAACACUAUAAUGUUAUCCUCAUGCAUAUGUAUAUCUAUAUAUUUAGCAGAAAUAGGUUUUUUGUUGUAAUUUUCCAAAAUUUGAAUUUUAGUUCAGUUUAGUUAGUAUUUAGACUAGUAGCGUUUUGUUGUAUUUUAAUAGCAUUUUUUAUUCAGUUGAAAUAAAAGUAUAUCUCAAUUGAUACGUUUUGUUUUAUAAAAUUAAUUUCUGUGUUUCUAUCUUAACAGAAAAAAGAAAAACAAAAAAAAAUUAGCCUAAUGGUAUUAAUUUAACAAACACUGCUCUCGAUUGUAAAGAAAAUGUAUACAUACAGUUGUGUUGUCCAAUCUAUGUAAAUUAUCAAGGAAAUCUAUUACGAUUUGAAAUAUAAAUAAUAUUAAUAUGUAGAAAUAACUGUACAUGUUUUAGUAACUCGAGAUGUAUGAUCAUAAUUAUCAUGAAUGAGUGUAUGAGAUUUCACUGGUGUGCAUACACAGUUUCAGUCUGCAUUUGCUGGCUUUCUACUUGUAAAUGGCAUUAUAUAGUUUCCAAACAUUUGUGUUGAAUGACUUGUGAAUGGUUAUAUUUUAGAUUAAUGUUAAUUUACCUUAAGUGCAACAAAGCUGUGCAAGUUGUUCUUUAUUUUAAAUAAUUAUAUCGUAAUCGCAAGUCAUUGUCGAUGUAAAAAUACAUCCUCUAGUUAUAGUACAGGGAGACUAGAAGUCUCUCUACGUCGGUUCAGUAACAACAUAUAUCAGUGCUUACGAUGAAUAGCUGCUUGUCAAGCUAAACAAUGAAACGUACUCAGUGGGUCCCGGCAGCUCUGUGGACUUAGUUGCCAGCUACAUGUCCUUUGCUGAUAUUUAUUUCGUUUUAUACGGAGUAUAUCGUGUUUCUUAUAAGCAAUUUCAGCUAUCACAUGUGCUAUAAAAUACCGAGAGUGUUUUAUGCACUUACAUUUAUAAAGGUUUUAAAAUGUGAUGUCUCACCAUCAACAUUAUAUUUGUAAUGUAAUCAUAGCACUUAAAGUUCAUGAUACAGUUUUGUUUUUUGUUUAUUUAGGUAUAUUUAUCUAUUGUAAUUAAUUGAUUUAGGCAGAAAAAGUGGGAGUAGCAAUCUGUUAACGGUGGAUAAUUGGCAUAUUGGUACAAAAACACAAAUGAGACAUGGUUUGCUAUCUCCUACUUUACUUCAAUAGCAGUUUCAAUGUUUGGGCACUACUUGAAAUGAAUAAAAGCAAAAUUUGUUUUUCCAAUAUAGAAUGGUAAGUUGUUUGUCAUUUCAAGUAGUAUGUGUAGUACUGUAUUUGUUUCGAUGUCCGUUUAUGAUUUUUAUGCAAGUCAAGUGUAAUGCAAUAAAAAUGCAGUAUUUAAAAAUCAAAACAAAACUGAAGUUAGUAGACAGUUAACUCUCACUAAUCCCAGACACUUUGAUUUGCCAAUCUCGUCCAUUUCAGAUAUUGUAACGUGAACGGAAAAAAAAACUUUAUAAAAGUAAGCAACAUUCACCUGCAGUUUUGACAUGGUUUCUUUUUAAAUGCCUGUAGAAUGGUCAUAUAUCUUCAAUAGUUUUGUUGUUUUAAUGUUGCAAUCCAAUCCAAAUAAUUUUUUGUACUACAUUCCAUAGUUGUGGGAGUUGGUUAUUGUGUGAGAAUAGCUUCAUGACACUACCUCGUAUGUUGCAUGUGUACUUGGAAAUAUUGCGAUCUUGUUCGUACAGUUUCCAUGUCGCCUUGGUGAUUUUGUGGAUUCUGUUAUUUCCCUUCUUACAGUGAGAGUUGACUGACUAAAGUUUUGUUUCAUUGGCUAUUUUUAAAAUGUGCUGAAGGGUUGUAUAACACUUUAUUUUAACAUUAAAUUAAGUAGAUAAAUUUUGGUUCAUUAUGGUAUGUUUUAAUUUGUAUUUGAUAGAGAUAAUAAUUUGAUUAUUUUUGUAAUUCUCAGCCCUUCAGUUAAAUCAGUAAACUGCUUAUUGUUGUUUAAUUUAAGCUUGUAACUAAAUCUUGUAAUAAUUAACUUGCUUCGAAGGGGACAUAUUUAUCUAUGUAUAUCCACUUCAUAAAGACUACUUUAUGUAAAUGAAUUCCACAACACCAAAUAAGUACUUUAAUUUUAAUAUUCAAAUCCACAAAAUACCUGAUGGUCAAGAAUUACUGAAAGUCUACAGUAAUAGGAAUAGUACUCUUUAUUUUAUUGGUAUUACAAAUAUAAAUAUAUUAUAUUCAAAAUUUUCAAAGGCAGUGAGUAAUCGCAAAAACAACCAGAUAUCAUUAAUAAAUUGCUUAGAAAUUGUAAUCAUACUUUGCUUACAGUACUUUUUCAAAAUUUCCACGUUCUUAUAAUUAAAAACACAAAAUUGUGGAAUUCUCAUAAAGAAGUUAAACUUUAUUGUUAUAUUAUGAGUGUAGUUUUAAAAUAAUGCUAAAUAUGUAAUCGUAUUUUGCAAUUGGAUUUUAUGAACAUAAUUUUUAUUUGUUAAAUUUUGUUUUCCAGUUAAAAGAAAUCAAUUUGGCAAAUCUGUUGUUGGGUUUUUUCCGCUCUCCAACUUAAUUACUAUCCAUUAUUUUCCAUAUUAAAGGUUUUCAGUACAUUGGUUUUCAUAUGAAAUAUAUAAUUUAACAUUGUUAAAAUUUAAACAGAAUAAUAGUUAAUCAUAUAUUUAUCACUACCUGUUAUCAUGUUAGUUGUUCAGUCUAUAUUACGUGGUCUACAUUUUCUCAUAAGUAAUGUGUUAUGGAUAUCAAUAUCGUUUAAUGAUACAAAAAUUAUAUUCUGUCAGUUUUAACAAAUAUCUAACAGUAAUAUUUCUAAUUUAAGGUUAGGUAAGCUUGAUGAUAGAUGGUUUAGAGAAUCAGAGAAUUGCAACAUUUGGUUUGGUAUUACAACAGCACCACAUACAUGGUCCUAAAAAUAGUUGAGAGAAACAGCUAGAAAAGAUGUAAACAAUCAUAAUCGUUAAUUGGCUUUAAAAACAGGAAUGUAACUGGUGCUGUAUAAGAGAGCGCUAAUGAAAAAUGAAAAGUUUUGCAGCUGGCUAGCGAAUGGUUUUGUUCAAGUAAUACACUUUGAAUAUGUCAA